AUGUUGCUUCCCGAUGAUCAUCCUGACUGCGCUACAGCCGAUACCAAGAAACAGAAGCCUACCUUGAUGCCUACCUUCCAACCUCGCGAUCCUUUGGGACUUGAAAGUCUCCCAAAACUGGUCCAAGAGCAUGAUGAUCAUGAUAGAGAUGAAGUUUGGAUCGCCGCAUCUACUUCCAACAGCUUAUUCGGCAAAAAGCGUCGUCGUAAAAGAAGCCAUUCCGGCAGCAACAGACGUGGACUCCACAGAGAGUUACAGCGACGCGAAACAGCACCGCGAAGACGCCAUUUCAAACGCACCAGGAAGAAAAUAUCUCGAAAACGACCUGUUUUGGGGGCUGAGGCAUCGAUGCAGGGCCACGCAUCGCAAAUUGUAAAGGACGAGUCUGAUGAAGUACAAACUGCAACUAGCACCACUAUUGUGGUAGAAUCAAAUGCAACUGAUUACGUGGAUAAUGAGCUUCUUUUGAAUGAUAGCAGCACAACAAGUUUGGAAAACUACACAACCUCAACAAACACCAUGUUCAAUCCAGUAAGCCAUGCAAGUGGAGUCGCGGAUAACUACUUUGCGAUGUUUGAUGUUUUGGAUGACGGGGUUGACCUAACUGUGUCACAAGAAGAGCCUGACUAUCAAUCAUCAGGACCCAUGAGAUCUACCAUGCAAACUGGAGAGCCCACAGUGCGGUCGACAUAUGUCAGUACAGUCCCACCAUCUGAGCAAUUCUCAUCACUGGGCACCAUCAACUACUCUGGAUCCACUACUAUGAUCCCCUCUGCAUCAAUCACCAUCAAUCCAACUGAGACUUCUUCACAGGAAGCUACAAUGGAUGCAUCUGAGGAGGUAACUCAGAGGGAGACUGCUCGUGACUCCAGCGGGGACAGCCAAACUCCCAUGGUAGCUGAAACUGUUCCUAUGGAGAUCUUUGAAGCCAUCCCUACAGAAACAAUAGUUGCAACAGGACUGUCAAGCAACAGCUUUCAAGAUGGCUCUAUUGAUUCUGUUGAUGAAAGUCCUGACUCAUCUUCAAUGACAGAACUGCUACCUCAAGACGGCGUUCCCAUAUGGACAGGAUCGUCACAAUCUGCAUCAUCUGAAGAUGGGGAGAACCUGGCACUGUGGGAAGAAGAACCAACCAUAGGAUCUGCUUUGGAAACAGAAGCACACCACUGUUCUCGCAACACUAGCAGCAUCUGA